AAUCGUAUCUCAUAAUUCUUACUUAAAAUAUUAAAACUCAUUUUCUAUGCAAUUUCCAUUUGACAAAUCAGUUACCACACCACCAACGACCAAAACAUCAAACAAAAUUAAACCCCCAAAUAUAUUAUAUAGUUUUAUCUAAAAACCAGAAACAUAAUUAGUUUACCCACCUUCACACUUCAAAAGUCAGGAUCUCCCAUCAAAAGGGUCAGAAUCUUCUUAUCUUUGUAUCAUACCAAAGACUAUCUCCAUUACCAUGUGUAUAUAAUAUGAUUCUAAACUCGUAAUUAUCAUAAAUUCAUUAUACUAUAUCCUAUCAUUCAUUUAUCAUAAGCUUCAUAAUUGAUCUUCACCUGAAAAAAAACGUAACUAACUAAUCGUUAUGUUUCCGUUUUUCAGUUACUUUAACUUUUUCUUCUUCUUUGUCGCUCUCUUUAUUUGCCGCCCAUGCUUUACCGCGAGGAUUAUACCAGAAACCGUAACCGUAAUAACAACUUCUGAAAAACACAACGCCACGUGGCACAAUUUCUCAAGUUUUCUUCACGCGGAACGAGGCAGCCACGUCAGCGGCAUGGCGGAGCUGAAGAAGUAUUUCCACCGUUUCGGUUAUCUUACUCAGCCGAACACGACGUCGAAUUUCACGGACAAGUUCGAUUCGAAAUUCGAGUCAGCGGUGUUACUCUAUCAGAAACAGCUCGGUUUGCCGUUAACCGGAAAACUCGACUCUGAAACUAUAUCAACGAUUGAGUCUCCGAGAUGCGGUGUUUCGGAUACCGCGACGCGUAGAAUACACGCCACGCGUCACUUUGCGUACUUUAACGGGAAACCGCGGUGGCUUCGUGGCUCUCCGAUGACUCUAAGUUAUGCUUUCUCACCGUAUGAUAUGAUCGACACGCUGAGCUUAUCGGACAUCCGAAUGGUUUUUGAACGUUCUUUUAAGCGGUGGGCGUCGGUUAUUCCGGUGAGUUUUCGUGAAACGGAGAAGUAUCAAUCGGCGGAUAUUAGAAUCGGAUUUUAUUUCGGUGAUCACGGUGACGGAGAACCGUUUGACGGUGUUUUGGGGGUUUUAGCGCAUGCUUUCUCUCCUCAGAAUGGAAGAUUUCAUUUGGAUGCAGCAGAGAAUUGGGCCGUUGAUUUUGAUCAUGAUGAUUCAAGGAUAGCCGUUGAUUUGGAAUCAGUUGUGACGCACGAGAUAGGUCACGUGCUUGGUCUUGGGCAUUCAUCUAUAAAAGAAGCAGUUAUGUACCCAAACAUAAGCCCAAGGAAGAAAAAAGUUGACUUGAAAAUUGAUGACGUGGAGGGAGUUCAAUCUCUUUAUGGUUCUAACCCAAACUUUAGUUUAAGUGCUCUGUUACAAUCUGAAAAUUCGUAUAAUCUUGCGGUUCGGUUAGGAAACGGUUUCUCUAAAUGGAUAUUCUCUUUAGAACUUGCCUUGUUGAUAUUAUUUUUGGGUUCUUGAGGAUUUACUCAUACGUAUAUUUUCAUUCUUUGAUCUAUGUGUGUAUGUAAAAAGAAAGAAUACGAAGGAUAGAAAGCAGAGUUGAAUCACAUGGGCUAAACCCUAAUGAUUCAUAGUUUAUGAUAUUUUAAGAUGUUUCUCUUUUUAUUUUUUUGUUAUACAACUUCAUAAUAGAUAUUUUUCUAGUCA